AUGUCUCAAAAGGCACGCCGCCGAAGGAUACAGGCUCUCUUCGACAACGGCGACCUUGCGGACUACGUCUACUGGGGCGACCGGCUGGCAGCUCCACACGCCCUCAUGCGCGAGCGUCCACCGCGGAACGUGUUCGAGCGGUGGAUGAAAUGGCAGACGUCGGAGAGCAAUGCCUUUGCUGUCGCGCUGGCUGCGCUGCUCAUCUCUGUUGUUGUCGGCAUCUUGAGCUUGGCUCUGGCGGCGUUCCAGGCCUGGAUUGCAUGGGUCGCUUGGCGAGGAUCUGUGGCUGAUAGUGAUGACGAGACGACUGCACUGCUUCGGGAGAUUGCGGACCUCCUCCGGCAGCGGCCAUUGCGAUAA